AUGUCACUUAAGGAAAUAACCAGACCAGAUAUUGUUAUGGCUGAAGAAGAAAUUGAUUAUGAAGCACUACCGUCGAAUGCCCCUUUAUCUCAUCAAUUAUUAGCUGGUGCUUUUGCUGGGAUUAUGGAACAUAGCGUAUUGUAUCCGAUAGAUGCGAUUAAGACUAGAAUCCAAUCAGCUACUUUAUCUAGUGGAUCAGAUAAUAUAUUGAAACAAAUUUCACGUAUUUCGACUGCUGAAGGUUCUUUAGCCUUAUGGAAAGGUGUUCAAUCUGUAAUUCUAGGGGCAGGACCUGCGCAUGCUGUCUAUUUUGCUACAUAUGAAUAUUCAAAAUCUUAUUUGAUUGAUCCAAAGGAUAUUAAUACACAUCAGCCUCUAAAGACUGCAGCUAGUGGUGCACUUGCUACUAUUGCUGCAGAUGCAUUAAUGAACCCAUUUGAUACCAUUAAACAAAGGAUUCAAUUGAAUACUAAUUCUUCGGUAUGGAAUUUAACUAAGAAUAUAUAUAGUACCGAGGGUUUAUCCGCAUUUUAUGUAUCUUAUCCAACUACUCUAGCUAUGAAUAUUCCAUUUGCUGCAUUCAAUUUCAUGAUAUAUGAAUCUGUUACAAAAUUUUUCAAUCCUCGUAAUGAUUAUAAUCCUUUAAUUCAUUGUCUAUGUGGUGGUAUUAGUGGUGCUACAUGUGCAGCAAUCACUACACCUUUAGAUUGUAUAAAAACUGUUUUACAAGUCAAGGGAAGUAAGAGUGUACAAUUGAAUGUAAUGAGAACAGCAGAUACAUUUGGGAAAGCUUCGGCUGCUCUAUAUUCAACGUAUGGUUGGAAGGGUUUCUGGAGAGGUUUGAAACCAAGAAUUAUUGCUAAUACUCCAGCAACUGCUAUCUCUUGGACUGCCUACGAAUGUGCCAAGCAUUUCUUAAUUAAAUAG